UUCUCAAGCUUCCUCCUUGUCUCAUUUUAGAGAGAGAAAGAAAGAAGAAUGGAAGAGACAAAAUCCAAAUUCAAGAGGAUUUGUGUUUUCUGUGGAAGCAGUUCUGGGAACAAGCCCACCUACCAGUCUGCUGCUGUUGAGCUUGCCAAAGAACUGGUGGAGAGAAGAAUUGAUCUUGUUUAUGGAGGAGGCAGCGUGGGAUUGAUGGGUCUUGUUUCUCGAGCUGUUCAUGAUGGCGGCCGUCAUGUUCUAGGAAUAAUUCCACGAACCCUAAUGCCGGUUGAGAUCACUGGUGGGACUGUUGGAGAAGUCAAACCCGUGUCGGAUAUGCACCAAAGAAAGGCCGAGAUGGCUCGCCAAGCCGAUGCUUUCAUCGCUUUACCAGGAGGAUAUGGGACCCUUGAAGAGCUUCUUGAAGUUAUUACAUGGGCACAACUUGGGAUCCAUCGCAAGCCAGUGGGACUGUUGAAUGUGGAUGGAUACUACAAUUCGUUGCUGAGUUUCAUCGAUAAAACAGUUGAUGAAGGCUUUGUUUCGCCAACUGCACGUCGAAUUAUUGUGUCUGCUCCAACUGCUAAGCUUUUAGUCCAACAACUUGAGGAAUACGAACCUAAGUACGACGAGAUAAUAUCACAGUUGGUGUGGGAAGAUGGGGACAGGAGGAGUUACGUGGCCGAAUCAGAGAUUGCCACGUAAUACAUGUGGUUUUGGUCAAAGUGCUUGAUGGAAAAAAAGCGGGGGUGUUUUGUCUUUACUUGGGUAUACAAUAUUUUAUAAUAAAAUAUAUAAUAUUAUAUAAA